AUGGGUCUGGCUAUAGCGAGGAAUGUCUUCCUGGACCGUACAGCGAUACUUCAGCGUGCGACGUACAAGGUAGGCCUCCUGACGAUCCAGGGGGCCUCGACCUGCCUGUACCUCUGUAUGGACGCGUGCGGGUUCCACUACGCAAAUAAGGAUCUCUCGGACGACUGCGUGUUCGAAGAGCAUAUAGAGGAGAACAACUACAACACGUACUCGCGGAUAAGGGGCGGCAAGAAGACCUUCCUGGCCCUGGACAACAGGGGCAGGUCGAGGCGGACGCAGAUACCGGUCAGCAGGCCGCUGGGCAACCUCUCGGGCUACGCGCUCACGCUGACCAGGCGGUGGGACGGCACGCGGCAGAGCCAAUGCCCGCCGCGCCGCCACCGCGGCAAGCUCAAGCGGCCGCCGCCCUUCCACAGGAACUGCCAGCGGCGCGUCCAGAAGCAGAACCAGAGGCACAAGCGGAAGCACAAGAAAGCGAACGACCCGAAGAAGAAGCAGAGGCACCCGAAGGCGCGGAGAAAACACGACAACGGCACCACCACCACGACGGAGGUGAGCUGGGACGAGUCGACGAUGUCUACGAUGUCGACGACGGACGUCGAGUUUUUUCGGUCGGCGACCGCGCAGGAGGCGGUCGGCCGGGCG